UCGAAUAAAAGCGCAUUCGAAUAAAAUCACGAUUCGUGAAAUGAUUCGAAUAAAUGUUCACGAAAAUUCGUUUCGUGCUUGGAGAGUUCAGCCUGGCAGCGGGCGGACGCGGGCAGCGUACGUGCACGGUGCAGUCCUAGUCCGCUACGAAAAUGACAUCGAUUCGUGAAUUCUGAUGACCAGGGCUGCUAGUUUACUUAGGAUCUAUGAAUAUUGUCCUAUAGUUGUUUUUUAACUUCACUUUAUUAUUAAACCUUAGUGCUUUACUGUUACAAUCUACAAUAGAGCGUACAGUACCUGUGACUCGAAAAGACGUUGCCAUCAUUCUAAAUAAGGAGAAAUAAUUUUCCAGUGAUUUUUUUAUAAAUAAACGAAGAAAGGAACGAAACGAAACGAAUUUUAUAAAUAAUCACAGUUAAUUUGCAAAAACGUGUCCCAUCUCACAUCUGUGUAAUAUACAAAAAUUACAAUAAAGUUUCCCGAAGGACUGUCUAGUUAUUAUGAUUAAAACACUGCAUUGUCUUCCGCAGUCAGUCGAAACUGAUCGUCUAUUAUAAAUCGUUCGGUACGCCAUUACCAUGCACUGCGGAGAAAAGGAGUGUCGUUAGUGCGCGACUAAUCUUGUUGACUUCAAUAUUUUAGUCUGUUAUUUUAAAUGGUUUCUAGAACGGGUAACAAGACGAAUUUUACAAAUGCGACACGUGAUCAUGCUAAACUAGACGGCUAAAAAUUCUGAAUUGCCCAAAUCUUUUUGCACCCUGACAAAGUUUAUAUCAAAAAAUAUUAAAUAAUUCGUCCCAGCCUUUGGACCAACGAACUGACCUGAUUUGAAUCAGAACCACAAUACAGAAAUACACUUUCAAAGGACUGUCGGAUGCUGUCAUUCUACUACGGAACCGGUUGGAUGCAUUAUUUCAAUUUAUGCAUGAAAAUACACGUCCACAUCGCGACAAGGACACAAACAGAUACCAGAACACACAGAAGCUCAAAUAUAUGCUCUGCCAGAUUGAAAUCGGAUAACAGCGAGUGCUUCAGGGCGGACAAUCAUAUUCCUUGUUUAAUAAUGGACGCUUUUAUAUCAAGUGUAAUAGUAAUGGGAAAUUUCAAAAUGGCUUAAAUAAAGAUUUGGACUGUUACAACUAAGAACACCAUUAUACAGGUGAUAUUCGAUUUAAUUUUAGUUUUUGAACAUUAAGGUACCUUACAAUAUUACAAUAUCACGAGAGUAGAAUAGAAAGCAUAUCUUGUUUUAAAAACGAACACAUAAGGAGUGGUAGGUAAUGUGAUUUCUCUCUGCGAAAACUAACUAGAUAACUUCUAGAUUUUUUAUAAUACGCCUUGUUAUUUUUCAUACUUCAUUGUGUAGGAUGCGCUGAGCGACUUAACAUUGUAUCCUUUCACAAAAAUACAUUAAAGCCCAGAUAAUGAUAAGCAAAAAUAGUAUUAUACCUACAUACAAAAUAGUCGUAAUACAAAGCAUAAUAUGUGACGCGUCAUCGAGAACAAUAGGUUUUAAAAAAAGAAUGUCGAUUUGUAAUAAACCGAUAAACAGGUUAUUGAUAAUAUUGUGCGUGUCGAUGACGUCAUCAUCAUGAUGUAAAGAAGGGAAUUCCUCUCCUUCACAUCCUGUUAUAGGUAUAAAAAUCUGACAAAUACCGUGCUUCUACUCCGUUUAGUAACUGUUAAAAAUAUUUCGUGUCAAAUUUAUUUCGUAAACUCAUGCUAUUUUCGAUAUUUUUACAAAUCAUUUGGCAAGUAAAUGCUGAAAAGGUGCGUACAUAAGAUCUUAAAUAAAUCAAUGUUGUAUUUUAAGUCAUCACUUCAAUUCAAAACUCGACAGCUCUCUACUUUGUAUUUUUUUUUGCACUCUCACUUAAAUGAACAUCAAUAACUCAACUAUCAAAAACUAUGUAACCUUCAAUUCCCUUGAAAUUAAAACAACAACUUCUAUAUAAAUCGAUGCUAUCUCCGUUGAAUGUUAACUGCUGAAUCAGUGCGAGACGUUGCCGUUCUGCGUCGAGCGAGCGUUGCCGCUCUGACGGAUACGAGGCGCCAUGUUGCCAGCUCGCGCGGUGCGGGCGGGCGCCACGCGCCGUUGCCGUUCUGCCCGGUAUAAACCGUAAAAUACCAUUCAUUCAAUUAGUGUGUAGCAACAUCAAACUUAUAAUGAAUUCACAAAACUUACAUGCGAAUGUCAGAACGUGUUAUGUUAAUGUAAUCAAGUGCGUUUUUGUAGUGCGGUCUAUAUGCAAAAAAAAAAACCUUUAUCUUGAUAAAGUAUUUCAAGUGCAAUCACUAAAUCCUUUCAUCACUGAUAAGAUUAAUAUUACUAACACAUUCUUGAAUUCGCCAAAAUACCUACCUACCUGGACGAUACAGUAUAACGACUCACAAAGAUCAGCUCUCCAAAUAGUCUGCAGAGCGCAUACGAGUUGUAGAGACUAGUUAAAUCAAUAUUAGCACAAACUUAGUUUUCGAGAGAAUUUCUAGGCUGCAGAAACUCGUAAAAACAAAAAGUUUUCUAUUUUAUUGAUUUCGAGUGUGGGCUGUUCUCUCGCUAGCAAUUCGGGAACGAUCGCAGCGCUAAUGGCUCGGAAUUCCGUUGAUUGCGCGAUUUCCGUACCCCUUCGUCCCGUUUUAUCUCCGCUCUAAAUCCUUUCGUCUUUACAUGGGAGUAGCCGUUCAUACCCGUUUUUAGCUGGAUUAUUCCCAUUUGUGUCAACGAAAGGGUUUGUGCCUAUUUCAAAAUCCAUCUAGCCAACCCGCUCGGCUCUUCAUAUCGUCACAAAAUCAUUUUCUAUUUAGAUGGGUAGUAGGAUAGCUAUACGUAGAACUACAGUAGCUUCGCUCUCGCCUGGCACGAUUUUAUCAAGCGAAGAGGGAUUUCGUCACAGAAUUGUUUGAGUUUAGAUGAAGUUUCUUAUACUGGUGUACUGUACUGUACUAUGCUGUAUUUUUACAGCGUCUUGGCAUACAUAUUUCUUUACUUAGUUUGAUACACGAACACGAUACAACUACGCGAGAGCGGGCAUAAAAUCUUAAUAAAGCUGAAGUACCCACUGGUGGCAAUUUAUGACGCAAAUCUAAAUAUCCCAUGCCACGCCUGCUCUCGGGGUGAAAUUUAUUCACAUAUUGCGGUGUUUUGCGAUGAUUUCAGGCUAUUAACUUGGGUGCAGCGUUGCAACACGCUAACCUAUUACAUAACACCAGCAUGUGUAGCGAGCAGCUUUAAAAAUUAUACCAGCAAAUUAAACCUUUUUAAAUCCUCUUAAGUACGGUUUUCAAAGGCUGGACAAGUUUUGAGUCUCGCCUGGCUUUGAGAAGGUUGAGGUUGAAUGUCUAAUGAAUUGGUGUUGUGUUUCAGUUUCAGCCUCAUUUAAGUUGCAUGAGUUUCUAAAUGUACAAUUAAGUUCAAUUGAACAUAAGUACAGUAUAGCAGUAAAGUACUUAAAGUUUGGAACUAUUGAGAAAGUCGUAUUAUGGAAUCUUGUUUUAUAUUUUACGAUUUAGCAACACAAAGCAAUUUCACUGUCAAUCGUUAAUUAUCUAGACAACUUUUAGUACUUGCUGCUUCUAGACUCGUGCAAUGACAGAAAUAAUGUUUAUUUCAGUAACUGCGGCUAUGCCAGAAUAUAUAAAGAUCAGUUCAGAUUAGUCUUGGCAGAAGCUCUGUUUAUAAGAAAUAACUGAAGCAAUUAUUCCUGGCACAUAUCCACCAUGCAUAAGGCUCACCAUGGACUAUUACAAUAUUUCCGUUUCAUUCAUUUCACCAUGUUCGCCUUUGAGAAUUCUCGAAUACUUUGCCAAAGAACUGAAACGAAAGUAUUCAUUUGAAGCAUAAAGGUUAUAUACUUAACAUACUUUUUGGUGCUCCGUAUUUCAGACCAUGUUGCAGAGAUUUUUAUUUUAUUUGAAGCUCUAUUUAUUUUUUCUCGCUCCACAUUUGCCUUUUCUUAUUUGUGAAUGCGUUUAGAGUUGAAUCUCACGCGCGGCCUGGUAGCAGCCAGAAUCUAAAAUUAAGCUUUACUCUGGCUAAAUAUUUGUACGACCUGAUAGCGUUAAAGGGAGACUCGAGAGCAAACUAAAUAGCUGCUUCGUAUUAAAUCAUUUUACGUAUGCACAAAACAUUUAAGUGAUAAUCCAAGGUGUGAUACCGGCUUGGCUUCAUGAAAGUCUAUACGUCCGUCGGGCUGCAGAAACCUGAUCUGAGGCUAUCUACUAGAAUGACACGAAGCAAGUAACACUGCCGUCAUGCAACUCUUUUUUCUGCAUCUUUUUAUGAAUAAAAAUACUGCGAUAAAGAAAAACACUGAUAUUUAAUUACUGUUUCAUGUUGAGCAUAUCAUAAAGACGAUUCUAUGACUUCAUAAGUCAUAUUACCCAAGUGAAAUCAUUCAUUUCAGUAUAUAUGUGCAUUCCUGUCAAUUCCUUUGCUGGAAACUGGCCCGACAGGUAUACUCAGGUAGUUACUGCGUAGUUUCUUAGAUCAAGAACUUGGCCUUGCUAGGUGCCACGCCCUUCCAGAGAUAGUUGAUUAUUGUUAUUUAGGACAUCGACUACUGCGUUUAAUAUUUACAGUUCUGAGUAAUACCGAUUGAGAAUUAUUGUAUUUACUAACACUACUAAAUUGAGCUUAGUUCUUGUACGCAGAUUCUGUUUAUUGCCGAACCACGACGUGGUAAAAACUGUAAAAUAAGGAUGUUUUUGUGCAAUGUUCUGUUACCAUCCAAUGAACUUGCUUACCACCUAACUAGCCAUACCGUAUACAAGCCUUAUCGUAAUCAUUUUAUUUCAGAUGUAGUUCAUGCUGCUAAUAUAAAUAAUGUAACUAAAUGUUUUAUGAGUUACAGUAAUGUGUCGUGUGUAGAAGAUUACGACGUAAUUAAUUAUUUCAUAAGUCAAACACAAGUGCAAUGACGCGAGACUAAUUAUAUUAGCAACACACAUUAGAUCCGCCAUAAUUUAUAACUUAAACAUUGUUUUUAUUUUGAGAGUGUGUGGCGUAACAAGUUAACAACUGACUAGCUCUCAUCUGAAUUGCAAAUGGCCGCCCGGCGUAGAGACGCGGCAACGUCGCACGGGUCGAUGCGGAGCGGCAACGUCGCCGUCGUCGUCUCGUGCGUAUUUUUAUCAAAGCAACAAUCGUGGAGUUAUCUGUUAUCAAGAGAUAUUGCGGUGCUCGUCUCCCCGGCCGAGUGCCGACAGUCAACAGUCCUACUGUACCGUACAUCAUUUUAAACCACGCAUUUCCCCGAUAACUACUGGCACAGAUUGUCUAUGGCUUUCGUGGAAAAUAACAACGAAGUGCCGGCUAUCGUCUGACUCACUCACAUAAAACGAAGGUCAAUUGAUUUAGACAAUUUUACUAUUAUGAUUUAGAAAGUUGAUUUGAUGUUCUUACAUUAUAUCUGGCUUACAGCCAGGCAGUAGGUCCGUUUCAGAAGAAAUCAAUAAAAAAGCUAUAAAACACCAGAGAUUAUAUUUUUUGCGAUAUUUCUUCUUUUAUGUGUAACAGACAGUAUUAUGAUUCCUCUCUGAACGUGUUUUAGAUCAACAUUAUUUAUUGCCUUUGACAAGGUAUUAAAGAGCUGUUCAUUUUUUUGGUAUUUUGUUUGUGUUUUUACUGUGGUUUACAAAAUUAUAUUCCAUAUUAAUACCGCUUAAGAUUUUAUUAUACGUCUUCUCAUUGACUACUCCUUAAUCAACAUGAAAUAUUUAGAACAUAACUACCUUCCAAACAACAGUAACUUGAGUGGUAUAGGGAUAUUCUUGAGGAAAGAUUAAUAUUUAAUUCGUGGAAUCAUAGCUUACAAGGAAGGCACAUCAUCAUAUGGAAAUUAAUGGAAACGAGCGCAGGCUUUUAACCCCUAGCUCACAAGUUUGAAGAAUAACUGAAAUAAAUAAUAUUUUCAUCUUUGUAGCACUUAAUUUUUAUAGUAAACACCUAUCAGUCGUAUUCUCAUUGAUUUUCAUGAAUGUAAGUUUGUCGGCUAGAGCGACUGGUAUCGGGGCGAGACAGCCGGGAGGCCCGGGGGUUUGCAGGGGGAAGGCAAGAGAGGGGGGCGUCAAAUUAGAUUUCUCCCAGGGGUGCGCCUUCUCGGGACCUUGAGGCGACUUCGUGCCACAGAAUCAGCUGUUCCCAUACUCCUAUAGAUACUUAAAUAGGUACCUACACAAUUCUCGUAAACGGAAUAAAAAUGUUUGGUUUCUAUAAUUAGCGUACUACAUGAAUCGGGUUUUCGUACAUAGAGUUUUCAAUUUAACCUUUUUGUUUACCCAAGCUACUGUACCUGUGAGUAAAUUGUAUUGAUAUCGUUUUGGCUUUAUUGUAAUUGUCAUAGUAGAAUACGUACUACUCUAGUGCAAGACUGAAGGAGGGCGUUUUUAUCCUUUAUGUUUACCUCAGAUGAUCUUGAGCUAGAACGUCCAGCUUAGUACUAUUUGUUUAUAAUUAAGAAUGUCUUUGAAAAUAUCAGCUCAAACUCUUUAAAAGAAAUUCUAUUAAUUAGGUAUGGCAAUCGAUAAAGUACCAUAACAAAAGAUACAUAUUAUAAAAUCAAUAAUAUGCGUGCUUUCUGGUGACUAUCUAUAUACCAGCAUAGAGCUAGCAUCAUGUUUAAUUUAACACUAUAAUAGCAAACUAAAACGUAACACGAAUAAAUUCACAGCCAACAAUAGAACGCUAAAGCCGUGUCUCACGUUGGGUCAGCAUUUUCAAAUAUAUUUGAUUCAUGACCAGCAAAAAUGUAAGGAGUUUUAGGAGCUCGGGUUGCUAGGCAACGGUCGUCCUCCGAGGACGCGCCCUCCCUACGCAAUUAAUUUGAACCCUCCAGGAAUACUCGUGCCGACCUUGCUUGCCCUGCUGAUUUCAUUUUGACCGUUAUUUGAGCCGACGAAUGGCUAUGGACGUCGUCGAAAAGCAUUUUCCUCGGUGACUUGAUUAGUCUUUGUGUAGCUGUUUACGAAAGCUCAUAGCAACACCAUUAUCUAUCUACCUAUACACGAACAAAUUAUACAUGUAGUCAGUCUCUCCUUUGUGUAUUUGCUAAUCAUUCUUCUUUGUCGAUUCCAAACAAAUUGGAUGCGAAUGUACUAAUAAGUAAGUCAGAAAUUGGCUCAAUCGACAUCUUUAUAUUCAUGUUCAAAAUUCCGAAGGGAACCAAGAAUUUUUAUAUUAUCGAGUUCAUAUAUUUCACAACUCAUGAAAACAGAAAAGGUCUGGAGAUAUAUUGUAAGGUUAUAACACUUGAAGCAUUAUUUUCGUCUUAUUUAUUCGUUCUGCUAUGCACAAAGAGUUCAAGUAUGUGUCUGGUAAUUAUCAAACUAUUUAUAGAGCUGAUAGUGAGAUCGUUUCGUAAGCUCAGAGCAUGUUUAUAGCGCUUAUGUUUUGUCUACAUAUGGACUACUUAUAUGCAGUGCAGUUCUGUGAACGUUUUUGAUGUCAGUAUGAAUGUCUCAUAGUUUCCUAAAUGGUCGUGUUUCUGCCAGGGAAUUACCAAAAUUGUAGCCUACCCCGUAGCAUUAUUAAUUUCUGAUAGCAGUCGUUAUAUUAUUAUCUCAGUAGUCAUCAUCAUCGUCAUCUUAAUUCCGCAUUCCAACAUUUCUAUUUCCUUCUUUCUCGUUAAUUUAUACUGUUACUGUAAUCUUUUUAAGUCGUCGACGACUCUCGGAAAAAACAAGUUCGAGUUAACAAAGUUUCUGAAACUAUAAAAACAACCGGUUUACUUACAUUUCACACGACAGACAAUCAGUACCCGAGUUUUUAAUUGGCAAAAAAUCAUUCUAACCGCUUCCAGCGUUCCACGUUCUGUAAAAUAUCUGUCCUGCGAAAGCAAGGCAAAAGAGAAUCCUAACUAUGAAAUUAAUGCGGUCGAAAGUGUUCAAUAGCGGUGCAUUUAAACAAGUUUAUUAAGAAGACAAUAGGUAAUAGAGAACUCCUAUAAUUGCAAUGGCCGUGCAUAUUGCCGCAGUCAAUAUCCCCGAUAUUGAAUAAUGCAAAUGUCUAGCAUAAUUGUAGACGGCAGCAAGGAAAACGUAAUUUACCGAGAGCGAUGCCUUAAACAGGAAAAGUUUGUUUUGCAUCGCAUACGGACACACGCGCGGUGCGCCUGUGUUGUGCGCACUUUCGAUUCGCGCGUGUGUGCGUCGGCGCGCAACGCCCUCUGCGCCCGCGCUCGCCAGACGCUCACGUUAUCUCGCAUUCCACAGAUACUAUACACCUACAUUGUAACCACCUACACAUACAUACAUAAUUGUAACCCAAAUAGAUACACGGAGUUCAUUUUGAUAUUUAUUCUUGUGCGUCGUGGACUUAUUGUUCAAGGGCGUGGUUUAGCUCGACUAGCUAUGGGUGAGGUACAAAAGAAAUGUUGCUGUUGCCGUUGCCACUGAUAACGCGGUGAAAAGGUAAACUUUGCCCACGUCAUAUUUAGUAGCAUAGAAGCAGAUUUUAUUAGAAAAGUUGUCAUAUAUUACAAAGACACCUUGCCAACACAUGUAACUCACUAAUUUGUUUUAUUUUCACCUCAUGUUUAAAGUAUUUUACUCGUCUGUUUUAAGCUAAAUUAGAUUUUAUAUCAAAUAUAUUUCACUACAUUGGUCGUAGUUGAUAUUAUUAAAUUAAUAUUUUAUCUAGCUUGAAGAGGUCACCGGACACUCCGUUCACAUCCUCGAUAGCUUGACUCAUCCUUUUUCUAAGUUGUUUCGAACACUUUCUACACGUUCGACAUCCGCAGCACGACUGCCGCGAAAUCCAUUCAACAGGCCGACAGGAUGUGGGCGGGGCGUGCGGGACGCGGCGUCAUUGGGCAAACGUGCGACUCGCAGUGAUGGCCGCCGUCGCAUUCAACCAAUGAGCGGCGCGCGAGCCGAACGCGCGUCCGUCCGGCGAACGUGCGACGUUGCCAGCUUUUACCAGAAAAAAAAAUACCAGAUUCGACCUUCUUAGGACCCCCGGUUUUUUUUUGUUUGGCCGCGUUAUCAUUCGGGAACGUGUAUUGAGGUCCUUAUCCGUUUGUGAGAUGGUUCUGCGCAGGUGGAUGUGUUGUGUUGUGUUAUAGUUUAUUAUGGUGUGGUCCACGCAAACUGGCGAGGUGUUGAUUGACAUCGUAACGAGGCCCGGGCAGACGGAUCACGGGCACGGCGGCGGCGCGCUGGCGUACGGCGGCAAGCCGGCGGCCGGGGCUGUGGUGGCGCCGCCGCAGCCCCGCCCGCCGCCCGCGGCGCCCUACGCCCCGCAGCCCUACCCCCCCGCACAGCUGCGCCUGCAGCCAGGAUAUGGAUCAGCGGCACUAUCAUAUAGGGACAGCAGCUACGUCCGCGGCGGCGGUGCGGUGGGCUCGGUGGGCGGCGUGGGCGCGGUGGGCGCGGGUGCGGUGGGCGCGGGCGAGUACCGCGGCGGGCGCGUGUCUCUGCUGGGCGCCGCGUACCUGCCGCCGCCCGCGCCCGCCGCGCACCACCCGCCGCCCGCGGACCCGCCCCCCUUCAAGAAGAUCAGGCUCACCGCUGAUCGGACACCACUGCCGCACCACCAGCCGCUUAGGGUUGAUACUAGGGAGCCGGUGAACCAGUACAGCACAGUGGAAGUGCUGUCUCCAAACCCGCCCUCGGAGCCCACGGUCGAGGACCAGAGCUUCAGAACCACCAAGGAUGAAUUAUUACAACAAAUAUCCAAGGUGGACCGCGAAAUGGCGUUAUGUGAAUCAACGUUACAGAAAUUAAAAAAGAAGCAAGAAGAAUUAGAACAGACUGCAUCAAAGCCGGCGAGGGCCGAGGAGCCGGAGGAGACGGUGCCUCGGCAUCGCAGCCUCGCGCAGUGCGUCUACGCAGAGAAUAGAAAAAAGAUCAGCAUGGAUAAUAAGCGGCAAAUGCAGGCGUCGUCCGCGCACGCAGUGUUGUCGCACCUGGGCCCGCCCGUGCUGUACCCGCUCUACAACCAGCCGCAGGACACCGAGGUCUACCACGAGAACAUCAGGCGACAUCGGACCUUCAGGAAAAGACUCGCCGAACACAUACGGAAGCUUAAAUUAGAGGCGGAAAAGCGGGAAGAUGCGUUAGCGGAGGCGUACAGCAGACGCGCGGCGGAGUGGCUGCGGCGCGUCGAGCGGAUCGAACAGGGCCAGAAGCGGAAAGCGAAGGAUGCGAGGAACAGAGAGUUUUUUGAAAAGGUAUUCCCCGAGUUAAGAAAGCAGCGAGAAGAGCGGGAGCGCUUCAACCGGUUGGGGGCCCGCGUGAAGUCGGAGGCCGAGCUCGAGGAGAUAGCGGACGGGCUGCACGAGCAGGAGCACGAGGACAAGAAGAUGCGGUCGCUGACCGUCGUGCCGCCGCUGCUCAGGGACCCCAACGACACCACGCCCAUAUACAUCGAUACUAACAGACGGUGUAUGGACAUGGAGUCCGAACACAAAGAACUCCAGCUCCGCAACGUGUGGUCGCAAGCCGAGCGGGAGCUCUUCCGGGAGAAGUACCUCCAGCACCCCAAGAACUUCGGUCAGAUCGCGUCGUUCCUGCCGCGCAAGAGCGUGCGCGACUGCGUCAGAUUUUACUACUUAUCGAAGAAGGCUGAGAACUACAAGCAGUUGUUAAGGAAGCCGAGACAGAGGCGGUCGGCGCGGAACCCGCCGCGAGCGCAGCCCGAGCCAGAGCUACCCGCGGGGGUCACCACCAGGCUACAGCGAAGCCAAGGUACGACAGCGCGGGGUACAGAGAACAAGGAACAGAAUAUGGAUGAGAGCAUGCCGAUGACGAGCGACGCCGUCACCUGCAUACCCAUCCCGCCCGCUGCGCCCGCGCAUCCGACCAGGUCGGAGUUAAUACGAACGCCUCCUCUGCCGCCGUCCCCGCCGCCAGCGUCGUCAGCGCCGCCGGCUCCGGUGACGUCCGGCGCGACCUCGCUGAGCGUGGCCGGCAGCCCGGCGGCCGCGCCCACGCCCCCAGCCGUGGACGUGCCUUUGCCGCCCGCGACCACCUCCGAUGUCACGCUCACCAUUACAGCUGUCACGUCGGCAUCAGCAUCGAGUUCACCAGCGUUAUCAACUUCGUCGAGCGUGACGUGCAUCACGUCGACGGCGGCGGCGGCGGCGGCCACGCUGACGGCGCCCAGCAUGAGCUCGGGCAGCGGCAGCGCGCCGCCCACACCGCAGCCCGCGCAGCCGCCCACGCCGACACAGCCGCCCUCGACGCCAGAGACCGCGGUAACAGAGAGAAUCGGCACACCAUCAUCAACAGCAACGCUAACAACAACAACAAUAACAACAACGUCAUCAAACUGCGCCGUGUGCAACAUCUCCGGGGCGACGCGGACCGUGUCCCGGUCGCGAGCCAUCCACUACGGCCUGAAGGAGGAGGCGGUCGGCGCGAGGGUGUGCGAGCCCUGCCACUGCCGCUGCGUGCGGUCCCGGUACACCCGGUGCCCGGUGCCCACCUGCCCCGGGCCCAGGGUCCGAGCGAAGCGGCUGAGGCAUCUGCCGCCGCGGUGGCAUGAUCUCUCGCUCGACUUGAAGAGGCCGUUAAUGGAAGAGUUUGAAAUUCCCAGUGAGCUUAGCAAGUGUUGUUUAGCGUGUUUCAAGAGGAUAACGCGUAGGCUAGAGACUGUAGUAGAGGGUGGGCUGGCGCCGGAGCCCUCCGAGGAGGAGGCGGCGCGCUUCCGGGCGCUGCUGCGGGACCACGGCACGGCCUGGGACCGGAUAGCAGCCGUUAGCGGCCGCACACCCGCCAGCCUUAAGGCCUUCUACUUUACCUAUAGAAAAAAGCUAUCCCUCGACACGUCAGUCGGGGACCGCCCGUCGUCGGGUCCCCGCUGCAGUUCGAGCGAGGACAGCGCCCUCUCGUCAGCGGACACGGACACGGCGAGCGGCGGGUCCCCGGCGCGGCCCCCCGCGCAGCCCGCGCCCGCUCCCCGCACCGACGCCGUGGCCCCGCGGAGGCCGCGCCGCGACGAGUACGACUCCUCAGCCACGGAGACCGCUGACGAGGAAAAUGAUGCGCCUAGUGCUAAGAUUGUACCUCCAACAUCAAUACCGACGGUAGUCUCGCUAGCGUCAUCGUGCAGUCCCAUGGUAGCCGUCAGCGCAGUCCCCGUGACCACGAUCCCGGUGAGCUCGGUGUCGGGUCCGGGCGGGCCCAGCCCGGUGCCGGCCCCCGCGCGGAACAACACCGGCCCGCAGACCGUGCGGGACGUGGUCCUCAACCUCAUAGAGAUCAGUCUGACGAGAGACGCGCAACCUCAACAUACCAACAUCAAACCACAUCAAAUUAAGGUAACAUCAUCCUGUGCAAGUGGUCGUGAAGCGUUAGCAACACUAAGCGUAGUCAACAGUUCCCACGUUGGUAACACCGGCGCGUCAAGUCCACAGCGGGCAGCCACCAUCACGCCGCUAUCACAUUCGACACCGUCCAACGACAAAGACGUGAUGGUGCUACACAUAGAGCCCCGAGCCGAGCGGCCCGAGCGGCCGGAGCGACCCGACAGACACGACCGACACGACCAGCUGCUCAUACGACAGGAGCGACAUGAACCUUUGUUAGAUCUCAGUGUGAAAAGGCCGAGACAUGACCAGCCGUUCUCACAUCCAAACAAAUCGGUGUACCGAAAUUCAACGGAAUACCGACCACAACAGGAGCGGGAAUCGCCGAACCAGUACAAUUCGAAACCGAAGUCAGUUGGGGCACCUCCUCGGCCUACCUUAAAACCAGCUCCUAACCCUAAAGGCUCCAUAACCCUAGGUACUCCCGUGGAGACGAGGUUCGAGCCUCACAGAACACCGCCGGAGCCCAAGACAGGGUCCAUAACAGCUGGAACUCCUGUACAUGGCUCCCACCACCUUCCUGAUAAGAGAACAUUGGAUUUCUAUAAGAGAAGAAGUCCAGGCGGACCUGGCGCGUUUUAUGCGGCGCAGAGCAGUCAGCCGCGACCGCAGUCACCGUCCUUCUCACCUACCGGAAGCUCGGGCUACACGCGCAACCCUUACGGGCUGGAGCAGCGUCAGAUCAUAAUGGCGGACUUCAUCACGUCACAGCAGAUGCACGGCGGAGCGCGGCGAGAGCGAGAACGCGCAUCCUCGCCGCAGUUCCGCCGCGACGCCGUCUCUGUCAUACAGAGACACACGCCGCAACACGUCUACCCGCACCCGCACCCACACCCGCCGCCGCCGCCAGAUGAGCGGGCCACGUCGCCGCAGUUUCGAGACUCCGGGUCCGUGAUACAGCGGCACACGCCGACCUACCCACAGCCGCACCCACAUCCGCAUCCGCUUCCAGGUCACGAAGCGUUUACUUCGUUGGUUGACGUAGCGUCGGCGGCGACGGCGUUGCCGGUGCCGCGCGGCUCGCAGCCGGACGGCAAGCCCGAGUCCAAGCAGCAACAACAACAGCAACAGCAACAACAGCAGCAGCAACAACAGCAGCAGCAACAGCAGCAGCAACACCACGACUUAAGAAUGAUGGCGCAAAAAUUCCAGAUCAGCUCACAGUUUCCGCAAAUGUUAGACAGAAGAGUCCCAUCUCAAUCUCAAUACAUAGAGAGAGAUAGACAAAUACAAAUACAGCGGAGAGACGCCGAGCGCGCAAUGCACGCGAUCCACGAGCGACACGCGAUGGAGCAGCAACAGCAUCAGAACCAACAACAACACCAGACGCAGAUCAUUCAUGAACGACAGCAUCAUAUGCAGCACUCCAUGCACGCGAUGCAAGAGCGACACGCCGAGCAGCAACAACAGCAACAGCAGCAGCAUCAGAGCCAACAGCAACAACAACACCAGUCUCAGAUCAUACAGGAACAACGACAUCAUAUGCAGCAUGCUAUGAGCGUGUCGUCGCAGGACGGUGAGCGGCGCAUGAUCCAGUCCGUCACGUACAGUACGCCCGGCAAGCCGCGCGCGCAGACACCGCAUCAUAUCGAAAGGAAAGACACGCGUCCGGUCGUGUCGUCGGUCCCGGCGGGCGCGGGCGGCGCGGCGGGCGCGGCGGAGGCCCGCGCGCGGCCCCCCGAGGGCACGCUGACGGCCGCCUCGCUCAUCGACGCCAUCAUCACGCACCAGAUCAGCCAGAGCUCCGACCAACGGUUUCCGGACCGGCCAGACCGCGGGCCCACGCCAGCCGAGCGCGAGGAGCAAGCGGCGGCAGCGGCAGCAGCAGCCCACACCACCAGCAUCAAGCUGGGAGACCUGGCCUCCAACAUCAUCACCAGGGACUUCUGCAGCCCCACCACCUCCAUCAUGCACCACAACAACCGAUUCAGCAUGGGCAACUCGGAGGGCUACGUGAGCGGCGCCGGCGAGGAGUGGAAGCGACGCGACGCGCCCAAGCACGCGCCAUACCUCGAGCCAGUGUCGCCGCCUGACAACCAUCCUGCCAACAGGAACAACAGUAACCGCCGCUACAGCUGCGUGGGCGGGGCGGGCGGGUCUGGCGCGGCGGGCGCGGGCGCGGGCGCGGGCGGCGUGCUCACGGCCUUCGACUACGUCACCAACCGCAUCGUCGAGGUCAUGCGCUCCGACGCGGACGAGCGCGCCAAGCCGCUCGCCUUCCCCACCGCCGGCUACGCGUACCCCUUCUCCGCGCUCAACGUGGCCGCCGCCGCUGGUGAUGCGUCGAGCAGCAACCCGGCGGGCAGCAGCUCGGCGCCGCCGGCCGCGCCGCCGCCGCCGGAGCCGGCGCCGCUGAUGUCCGCGCAGUACGAGCCGCUGUCGGACGAGGACUGACGCCCGAGGCUCGCGCUGCUGGUGGCCACGCCGGGCUCCAGCCCCCACUCCUGUACAUACGCCGUCACCUCCACCACCCGGUCGGCCCUAUGUUUCUGACGCGACGGGCCCGACGCCCGUGGCGACUCGCCGAGUGUCCGCUGUCAAUACGCUGACCCGUUGGAUCUAUUCGUGUUUAACUAAUCCUAUAGACGAUGGUACUAAAAUUGUAUAUUUAUAAAUCUUCUUACGUUGUAAUGCAGGGAUUAAAUACCGUUCAUGUGUUGUGGGAAGCUUUAAAUGUCCGGUAGUAAGCGAAUUUGAAUGAUAGUUAGAGGCACGCGACGGCGCGCACUGUCCGCAGCGCACAUCCGCUGCGGAGCUCGAUACGCUUAUGGAAAUAUAUGCUGUCGAUUAGUGAGAAUAUCAUUACGAAUUGUUAUUUAUUUAGUUAUUGAGUUGUUUCAAUUAUUUCUCGUCUAACUGUAGUUAACGCGGCGGCGGGCGAGCGGGCGCCACUGCUAGGCCCAGCCAGGCCCCGCUGCGCCCGCGCCGCGAUGGAUGGCAACAUUCACGUGAUUAGUAGCACUGCCGCUGAGAGACGCAAUCUUACCUCAAUCAUUAUUAUAAGUGGCAGAUUUAAAGCGAACGUUUCGGUGAUUAAACGAUAUAAAAGUAAAUAAGAAAUGUAUUUUGAAUCCAGUCUUCCAUCGCCACUCCGACAGGGCCGCACUAGGCUGGGCUCCGAGCGACUUCGUCCAUAACUUAGCUACACUUAGGUACUUGUAUAUUAUUGUAUAAAGACGCGUAUUGUGUGAUUGACAAUUGCCCCGGCAUGCAUUUCGCAGAUUCCUCGUAGCAGUAAGGUCGAGACGCGACGGGGGCGCGGCUGCCUCCUUAGUUAAGAACAUUUUGUAUCGCUUCGCUUCGGAUUUCGCUGUCGCCUCAUCCAUUACCUAGAGUACGCGUAGUUCAAUUGAUCAUUUGUUAAUUUCGUAUUGUAAAUAGCAUUGUGUCGUUUCGUUUAUGUAAAGUUUGUGUAUAUCGGUCCGCCGCAGCGAAGUCCGGAACGGCCUCCGAGCUCGACGAAGCUGUACGCGACUCGGAACUGUCAAACCCUUAUUAUACAUAUAGCGUAACGUUAACGGAGUAGCCUAAGUUAUAUAAAUUAUAUACAUAUGUAAAAGUGUAUGGUUAUUAUGUAUAUGCAUUUGUAAUUAUACAGGUUAGCUAAGAGUUGAAUCAGAGAUUUGAUUUGGUUUUGUUAGUUGGCGGGGUCGCGGCCGGCCGGGCCGCGCCAGGCGCGGAACUCGCGCGCCGCUCUACAUGCGACACUCCGCACGACAUGGCCGCAUGCACGCGCAUGCCCGGCCCGCAUGGCCGCAUGGCCGCAUGGCCCGCAUGGCCCGGUGAUAUUAGAGCAACGCGCGGUGUUUUUGUAAAUGUUUUCGAGUUAUGUGUAAAAAACGACUGAUUAAAUUUACUUUGAGCGAGUGUAUGAGUGGCGCGGCGGCGCGGCGGCGGCGGCGGUCGCAUACACAUUGUGAUUUCUUUAUAAAAACGUUGUAAUGUAAUGUAAGUAGCCGAAGAAAAAAAAUAAUCCUUGUAAGUCCGAACAUAAGCGAAAAGAUACUUCUGCGAGGACAAAUCAAUAAAAUAAGAUGCAAAUCUAA